GCCACCGGAGUUGAAGUCGAAGAAGGCCAUUGUUAACGUGCAGAACACUGACAACAAGUGUUUACUGUAAGUAUAGCAGUGGGGUUUCAGUGUUGUGUUAUGGUGUAUGGAUUGAACUGUAUGCCGCCUGUCCAUGUCUUAUGUCAUCCGUACUUUAGAUGGUCAAUACUGGCUGCUAAAUUUUCGGCAGACAAGUCUCGUCCAUGUCGUCAAUCGUCGUACGCAGAACAUGCGGAUACUGUGGAUGUGAGCGGCAUCGAGUUUCCAGCAAAACUGGAAGACAUACCAGUCAUCGAAAGACUGAACGAAGGUCUUUACAUCAACGUCUUCGGAUAUGAAGAGAAAGUCAUAUAUCCGUUAAGAAUUUCUCAGCAACCGCAGUCCGCCAUCAAUGUAUUGCUCAUCCAAGACGAACGCAAUGACGUGGAGGUGCAGCACUGGGUGUGGAUAAAGUCAUUCAGUCGUCUUGUUGCUACUGGAGCACGUCGAGCACAUUUCGUCUGCUUCAGAUGUCUCUCAACACACGUCACGGAGAAGGCAUUGAAUAAUCAUAUGAUGUACUGCAGUGAACAUCCUGAAGCUACGGUGGAGAUGCCAAAGGCUGGCGAUAGAGUGAUGUUCAGGAAUGUGAACAAGCAGCUUCAAGCCCCAUUUGUGAUCUAUGCCGAUUGUGAGGCUUUCAUAGAACCUCUGUCCGCUGACAAUAAAAUCGGUCAUUCGACAUUCCAAAAGAACAAGCAUGUAGCCUGUUCCUGUUCGUACAUUGUAGUACGAUCUGAUGGCGUCGUCACGAACCGUUUCUUCUACCGUGGAGAAGAUUCUAUGUUCUGUUUUCUGCUGUCACUUGAGCAAGAGGAGGAGACUAUCCGUGAUGAGCUUCUAGCAUGUAAUGCUGGUCAAAUGAUCAUUUCAGAAAGUCAGCAACGUGAAUUUGAAACGGUAGUCUCCUGUUGGAUCUGUGGUGAAGCGUUGGGUAGCGAUCGUGUACGUGACCACUGUCACAUCACCGGUGCUUAUCGUGGUGCAGCACACAACCAUUGUAACCUGAACAUGCGGAUUGAGCCGUUCAAGAUCAAGAUUCCUGUGAUCUUUCAUAACUUGAAGGGAUACGAUUCUCAUCACAUCAUAUCUGCCAUUGGGAGAACGUCCAUUGAUGAGAUUACGUAUGUGAACGAGAAAGGACAAGAACGGAUCAUUACUAUGUUGGUACUCAUAUUCACGUUUAUAUGA